AUGAUGCAGUGUUCUUAUUGGGACAUAAAGCAGAUUUGUGGGUACAAAAAUGUUGGAUGGACAUUACAACAAUCUGUAGGAAGCUCUGGUGGUAUGCUUAUUCUUUGGGAUAGAGAUCUGGUGGAAGUUACUGACUCUCUUGUAGGUGAAUAUACCCUCUCCAUACUAUGCACUAAUAAAGCAGAUAACUUCCAAUGGAUUCUCACAAAUGUGUACGGUCCAAAUAAACCUGUUGAAAGAACAGAGUUUUGGGUGGAAUUGGACAAUAUUUGUAGAUACUGGAUGAACAUACCUUGGUGUCUUGGCGGUGAUUUCAAUACUGUUAUCAAGUGUGGUGAGAAGAAAAAUUGUAACAAGAUUACCAGUAGUAUGAAGAUGUUCAGUAAGUUUAUCGUUGAGCAUGAUCUUAUUGACCUCCCUUUGAAAGGAGCUAGAUACACUUGGUCUAAUGGUCAAGCAAAUCCUGUUAUGUGCAGGUUGGACAGGUUUCUUAUCUCACCUUCCUUUGAACAACACUACCCUUUUGUUUCCCAACUAGCCCAAUCAAGACCCACCUCUGAUCACAUCCCUCUAGUUUUAGACAUCUCAGACCCUUCUUGGGGACCGAGUCCUUUUAGGUUUGAAGUCAUGUGGUUUUUGGAGAAUGGUUUCUUACAACUUUUGGAAGAGUGGUGGCUCUCUUUAUGUUUUGCAGGUACUCCCAGCACUGUUCUCUGUUUGAAACUCAAAGCUCUCAAAGAUAAGUUGAAGGUCUGGAACAAGGAAUUUUUUGGUCAUACAAACACAAAGUUGAAUUCUAUUCUCUCGGAUAUUCAAACCUUAGAUGGCAUAGCUGAAGAUAACCUACUCUCAGAUGAUGAAUUGCAAUUACAGUUACGAAAUAAGGCUGAAUUUGAGAAGAUAACGAAAAUGGAGGAGACUUCAUGGAGAAUGAAAUCCAAUACUAAAUGGUUACAGGAGGGAGAUAGGAAUACUUCUUUCUUUAUCAGUAAUGCCUCUGCAAGAAGAAGAUAUAAUAGAAUUAGACAGCUCUACAUCGGCAAUGAUUUGGUUUCUGACAGGGUACAAUUACAAGAGCAUAUUGUAGACUUUUACAAGACCCUUUUUACUGAGGAAGAAAUUAUACGCCGGAUUUAG